CUGGCAGGAAUGACAAGGAUAAAAACAGCAACACCAGACUUAGGGAAAACAAUAAGUGAAAUGAUCUCUAGAACCAAGAGUCUUCGCCCUUUCUUAAUUACGUAGUGUCCAGUAUCUUGUCGGCAUAUUUUUUUCCCCCUCGAAAGCUGGUAAUUGGUAAUUAGCUAGCCAAGGAUAAAACCAGAGGUUUGGGAGAGUCUGGGGCAUUUUGGAGCGAGAUGGCUAGCAGCAUGGUUGUAUCCCUCCUUCAAGGAUUCCUACUUCUGACUCUCUGUCGACCCUCUCUCCAAGGAGGUGCCUACGUACCUGCUGGAACUGGCUCCCUUUACCCAGGAGCUGGAGGGAUACCAGGUUACAAGCCGGCAAAACCCGCAGCUGGGCUUGGGGCUGGAGGUGUCGGAGGUGUUGGAGGUGGCUACUACCCAGGAGGGUACGGAACAGGGGUCGGAACUGGGGUCCCUGGCCUGGGAGGACUGGGUGGACCUGGAGCUGGAUACAAAGCUGCUAAAGCAGGUCUUGGACAAGCUGGGUUGGGGGCAGGAAGGAUCCCACAACUCUAUCCUGGCCUAGGUGCAGGAGUCGGCACUGGAUAUAAACAAAAGCCAGGACUAGUACCUGGCACUGGAGUAGGUGGGCUACCAGGUGGUGGAGUCCCCGGUGGAGUAGGUCCUGGAACUGGCGGGCCAGGAGUUGGGGUUGGAACUGGAGUGCAGCCUGGAGUAUCCACAGGUGCUGUAAUCCCACAAACUGGGCUCCGUCCAGGAGUGGGGGCUGGGAAGCCCCAAAAGGUACCAGGUGUUGGGGUCCCAGGUGCCUACCCUGGCGGGCUUGUUCCAGGCACAGGUCUGAGGUACCCAGGAGCAAAUGGAGUGAUCCCCGGAGUCCCCACUGGGACUGGAGUCAAACCAAAAGCAGGUUUGGGUGGAUAUGGUCAACGGCCGGGAGUCCCGUUUGGAUACCCUAUCAAAGCUCCGAAAGCACCAGUUUACAGCCGCUACCAGCCCCAAUAUGGAUACCCGGGGUAUGGUUACAAUGGUUACCGUCCACAGGUCAUGUAUGGUGGCUAUGGAACACCUUAUGGUGGAGCUCUGCCCUAUGGUUAUGGUGGUUUGGGAGCUGGAUUAGGAGCAGGAGCCGGAUCAAAGCCAGGAUACCCCACAGCAAAUGGUGUUGGAGCCCAGGUUGCAGCUCAGGCCCAGGCAGCAGCCAAAGCUGCUAAAUAUGGUGGUGGUGUUCCCGGGGGUGGUGUCUAUCCAGGGGCAGGAGGAGUUCCUGGUUUUUACCCUGGAGCCGGUGGAGCAGGAGUCUACCCUGGAGGUGCUGGAGUCCAGGCAGCAGCCAAAGCUGCUAAAUAUGGGGCUGGUGCCGGUCUCGUUCCUGGAGCCGGUGGAACGGGAGUCUACCCUGGAGCUGGUGGAACGGGAGUCUACCCUGGAGCUGGUGGAGUGGGAGUCUACCCUGGAGGUGUUGGAGCCCAGGUUGCAGCUCAGGCUCAGGCCCAGGCAGCAGCCAAAGCUGCAGCCAAAGCUGCUAAAUAUGGGGCUGGUGCCGGUCUCGUUCCUGGAGCCGGUGGAACGGGAGUCUACCCUGGAGCUGGUGGAGUGGGAGUCUACCCUGGAGGUGUUGGAGCCCAGGUUGCAGCUCAGGCUCAGGCCCAGGCAGCAGCCAAAGCUGCUAAAUAUGGGGCUGGUGCCGGUCGCGUUCCUGGAGCCGUUGGAACGGGAGUCUACCCUGGAGCUGGUGGAGCAGGAGUCUACCCUGGAGGAAUUCCUCAGCUUGGUGCUAAACCUCCAAAAUAUGGUGCUCCCCUUCAGCCGGGAGCCGGUGUUCUUCCGGGAGCGGGAGUCUACCCUGGAGCUGGUGGAGCGGGAGUCUACCCUGGAGCUGGUGGAGCGGGAGUCUACCCUGGAGCUGGUGGAGCGGGAGUCUACCCUGGAGGAAUUCCACAGCUUGGUGCUAAACCUCCAAAAUAUGGUGCUCCCCUUCAACCAGGGGCCGGUCUUGUUCCUGGAGCUGGUGUUGUUCCUGGAGCUGGUGUUGUUCCUGGAGCUGGUGUUGUUCCUGGAGCUGGUGUUGUUCCUGGAGCUGGUCUAAUUCCUGGAGCUGGUCUACUUCCUGGAGCCGGGGGUGUUGCAGGGCUACCUACCGGAGCAGGGCUACCUCAAGCUGGUGGCCCAACACUAACCCCUGGGGAAAUUGACAUUCCAGGCGGACCGACGGGUGUAACCACUGGGGGCAAGCCUCCUAAACCCAUUGGUACAGGGGUUGUCCAGCCAGGUCCUGGUACAGGGGUCCUGCCUGGUGACGGAGUUGGUCCGGGAGGUGUUCAGCCUGGCACUGGUGUUCUGCAGCCUGGGGUAGGAACGGGACUGGUUCAGCCAGGUGUCGGUACAGGACUUGUUCAGCCAGGUGCUGGAGCUAAACCUCCAAAACCUGCAGGUGGAUAUCCUUAUGGCCAGGUGUAUGGAGCAGGUGGAUACCCCUAUGUGCCAGGACUGUACCAGCCUGGCGUCGGAACAGGUGUGAGGUAUCCAACUGGUGUGGGACUGGGAGGUAAAGGGCCCAAACCAGGAUAUGGUGGCUACGGCGGUGGUUUACAAGCAGGUGGAGUCCCAGGUUACGGUGGCUAUCCACAGGCUUACCCAGGAUAUGGGCAAGUUCCUGGCCAGCUAGGGCAGCAAGCUAAACCCUCCAAACAGUAUGGUGGAGCGAUGGGCUUGCUGGGACCAUACAGAGGGGGUGUUCCCUGCGCGCAAGGCAAAUACUGCGGGCGAAGGAGAAAAUAAAAGACCUGGGAAUGAAAUGACCUCAAGAAUUUAUGGUGCUACUGCAUAAUCUAAAAUGUAAAUGGUGUUGCAUUAAAAAAAAAAAUCCCCUUUUUCAUGUACAAAAUAAAAAAUGACACUUGGAUAAAGGAUUUUUAAGCUUGGUUAUACCAGAUAAAUAUUAAAUUGGAAGGGAAGGUCAUUAAAAUGCAAUACACCAGGCCAUACCCUUGUGAAUAUUGUUAUACUACUUAUGCAUAAUGGCAGCAUAUACUUGAUAUAAUAAGUGUACUGUGUCUGUAGUAUACUGCUUUCUCAUAAGGAUAAGCCUUGUGUGAUAACGUCUGUAUUAUAGUGAACCUGCUUGAAAGUGUCUAUAUCUCCUUUAUACAUACUGUGGGAACCCACGCUUGUGCUGUCUCAGUGUAGGGAAGCCCCAGCAUCAAUUAAGCUUUAUACAUUGCCCAUUUUUCACUUCUGCUGUAUGCAUGCAUCUAAAUUCUGCUUGCAUGCAAUGGAAGUUUAAAACAUUGUGUUUUAUUGCAGUAAUGCACGUUGCUAUCAGGUUACACUCAUUAACAAAAAAAAACAUUCUGCUGGUUUUUGAAAGCUAAUGCACUUUUAUACCAUGCCUUUCUGAUCCAGUGUAGUUUCAUCUUUUAAAAGUAAUUAUUAGAUAACAACGAAAAGAAAGUGGUUUGUACAAGUGUAAUCCAUCAAAUCGUUUAUUAAGGAACUGAUAUCUGUUUGGCAUUUUUAAAGACACAUAGCCAGGAGCAUCAUGUUAUAGGAGGUGGAGGGGAUUGGUGUCCUAUGAGAAAUACAAAAACACCUCCAGCAUAUCACUAGGUAGUUCAUCCAGCCCUAUCCUUCAUUAGCACGUUUUCAUCUAUUUCCUUGUCUUAUAGUUAAUUGUAUGAUGAGCUUUCUGCUCUGAAGAAGAUUAUAGCAUCAGCAUAACUUUCAACACUGAGGUGGACUCCUGAAGCUGUGCCUCCUCAACACAAAUCCCCAAAAUAAAAAAUACAAGAAAAUAGUUUCGGACAAUUCAAGUCAGCCAGUCACACGUUUUUGAGCACUUCCCCAUUAUUUGAGCACAAAUGAAUUGCCAUAAUGCUGAACACGUUUGAAACACAGUCGCUUCUGCUCAAUGAGAUUUAACAACACGACGCAUAACUAAUGCUUGUUUUGGAAGAAAGCAAUCAAAUAUUAGUAACGGUCCCGUAUAGUAUUGUGAAUUACAGUUUAUAGGUUUUAAUUUUAUUGAAUAAUUUUCCCCACAAAACAAGGGGAAAGAGGUGCUUCAGUUCAUCUUGAACUCCCAGUAAUUAACAAACAGUUUACACUAUAUUUUGCAUCGUGCUCAAUGUUUGUGUUUUUUUAACUUUGGGUCGUGGAGCUGAACAGUUAGUCAGGCAGUCAAUCUAGGCUUUUGAAAUGUCAUUUGUCUAAUUGUGCACCAUUUUAACUUGACUUUUUAUAUCUUUCUCCUCCAUUUUAAAAAAUGUGUAAAUUAUAAAAUGAAAGCAGUACGUUUUGUUUUUAUUUUGCUUGUGCAAUUACUUAGCUACUGUGGAUUAUUAGUGUAUUUUCUUAAGUUAAUUCCCUGAAAAGGAAAUAGGAGACCUUUUGUGAUGGUGUUGCCAUGUAUGAGUGUGCCAUGUGGACUACAGGCUGAAGUAUAACUUGUUCUAGUACGGUAUGCUUAAAGGCAUGUGUAGCUCAAGUCUUCUGAAAAAGAAAUGUUUGAUAGAGAAGGUCUACUUGAACAAACAGACCCCUUAUUUUUGCCUGGCACAAUACAUGGGAAUGCCAGCCGUUUGAUUUGCUGUAUCUAUACCUGUUUCUGCUCUAGUUAUUUUAUACCAACAGUACUGUAUUUGGACUGACUUUGAGCCCUGAAAUAAAAACUCUCUUUGUCUUUCAA